GUUCCUCUAAAACAGAAAGGAUCAUGACGAAACUACUAGAAUGGAUAUCGGUGCUCUCAGCAGUGCUAGCAUUCUGGUAUUCCCUCGUCGGUGGUUACGUAAAGCACCCAGUGAUAGAAGCCAACAUGAAUCUAAUAUUGGUAUCGCCUAUAAUCUUUGUGAUUUUAUUUGGCUUAUACGCGGUAACUGUUAUCUUGUAUCGAGUUUUUACGUUCAAUAAUUGCGAAGAAGCCGCGAAAGAGUUGCAAGAAGAGAUAGCGGAGGCUAAGAAGGACUUGGCAAGCAAGGGCCUUAGUUGGUGAUGCCAUACAUUCCAUAGACUAAGAUACAUGUAAGGAUAAUUUGUAAAUUUUAUAUUAUAUAUUUAAUGAAGUUGA